AAGAAGGGGAGUGGGGGGGAGAGUGUGGUUUUUCUAUGUGUGUCAGCUGAUAUCACGUGAAGGGGCACGAUAACAAGUUGUUUGUAUCCAUUCACUUCCAAGAAUACCGCUACAUAGCAUAGCACUAAUUGCCUCCUAUCCCUAUCUUUGCCAAUUUCCUUUCCCUUUCCAAUUACUUUUUUCUUAGGAAUUUAUACUAUCUGCUAAAGUUUAUCCCUCUUGCAUCAUGCUUGUCUUUCUCAACCUCCAAUUGUAGCUAUGUUGAUGCUUAGAGUUGCACCCACACACACCGAGAGUUACAGUCUCUCUCUCUAUAUAUUUUCAUAGUUAGCACUACUGAUCGAUCACAUAUCAAAAAAACACAUACAUUGUAUCAAGCUGUCCUUCUCAAGCAUAAAAAAGAAAAGAAAAAGAUAGUACUUUUUUUAUCAGCAUUUUGGUCAAUUCGUAGUUCAAAGUAGUCUUUACUUGCUCUUUUUAAUUAUUGUAUUACAAAUUAAGCCACAAGUACAUAGAACUAGGAAGGAAAAAUCUACUAACCUUGUUUUGUUUUCUCAUUAAUGCAGCCCCCAGCUAGCUAGCUUGAUUAAUUAGCCAAAUCAAAAGAGGUUUUAGCUGUGUUUAUACCGUCUUUCUCAAGAUCUAGUAGUCCCACCACAUAGCCCCUUCAAGCUACAGCUACUGCGCAAAUGUAUUCUCCAAGCAGCAAUAACUGCAACUACAGCCCCAUUUUGUCGUCUAUUAAUUCAUUUCACAUCCCCUCUCCUUCUAUGCAAUAUGAAAACGAACUAUUCUUUCAAAGUUAUCAUCAUGACCAUAUUUACUUUCAACAACAACAACAACAACAACAAGAAGUUCCCUUGAUGGAAGAUUUGAGUCUUCACAUCUUAGCUGACAGCACCAAAACUGUACUAGAAGGAAUCGUCGAAGAAGGAGGAGAAGGCAAAGGAGACGACACGAUGAGUAGCAGAAAUAGUAUUAUUAGUGGACGGAUCUCGAAAAACAAUAAGAGAUCUUCGAGCAAAGAUCGACACAGCAAGAUCAACACCGCUCGCGGUCCCAGAGAUAGAAGGAUGAGACUUUCACUUGAAGCUGCUCGUAAAUUUUUCAGUUUGCAGGACUUGUUGGGGUUCGACAAGGCCAGCAAAACUGUAGAAUGGUUGCUGAAUAAAUCAGAUUCCGCAAUUGAAGAGCUCGCCGCAACUAAUAAGCAAAAUAGCUGCACUACUACUACUACUACUACUGGAAUUGGUGCAAUUUGUGCAUCUAAUUCUCUUUCUGAGUGUGAAGUUAUAUCAGGAACUGAUGAAACUUCCUCCAAUGACAAAAACAAGGAAACUGUUAAAGGCGAGAAGAAGAAGAAAAAGAAGAAGACUAACCCAGCUCGAAUUGAACCUCUUACAAGGGAAUCGAGGGAUCGAGCAAGAGCCAGGGCUAGAGAGAGAACCAAAAUAAAGAAAAUGAGCCAAAUUGACAAAUCCAAAGCCCCGGCUAAUGAUUUGAACCCUUCAGGAUCUAAUUGGAAGCCCAUUAAUAAAACUCGUGAAGAACAUGUAACACACGAACAACUCAUGACCUUCCAUCAGGAGAAGCAACAGCUCAUAGGGACUAAUAAAGAGAACAAUAUUGUUGAUGAGAACAAUUUGGUGUUUAAUGGAAAUUGGAACCCGUUUAGCAUCUUCAACUAUCAUGACCAAAAUGCUGGAAUUUCCAAUGAGCAUCAAUUUACGGAUUUCCAAUUUUGUGGAAAGCUGUGGGAAGGCUAGCAAGGAAACUUCUAAGUGGACAAUGCUUCCUUCUUUCAAUUUGUGCAAGCCUGAAGAACGUUGUGUUUCUGUUUGGUAAUGUGACAGUUUUUUUUGUUUUUUUUGUUUUUUUAAAUUUUAUGUUGUGUGUUCUUAUUUUUUGUGAGAAACUUCUUUGUACAUUGUGUUAUGUCUUUUUUCUUUCUUUUUUUAAAAAAUAAAAAUAAAACGACCGCAGGAUGGGGAGUUCAAAUCUCACCGGGUCAAAUUUGGGAGAAAUGAGAGAAUUCCUUUUACGUUGACAUAGAAUAAAUAUUAAAUUUGAAAUCCAGCAAAGAUCACUAAUUGAUUUCAUUUUUCUUGUGUACUAAUAACUGAUUUGCGUUUUCUUUUUUCUUUCCUAAUUCAGCUAAUAGUUCGAAUUCAAGUUUUGGCAAAUCUUCUUUUUUAUCUUUUGGUUUCUUUUUCAACUGUUUUUAUUCGAGAAAGAAUCCAAAGACUGUUUCAUUGGAGACAUUGAACGAUCAUUUUCUACCUGAUAGCCAUUAGCCAUAUAUAACUUGGUACGUAUAAAAGGUGUUGAUGAUACUUUUAUUGAUCUCUGCUUGUUUAGUUAUCUGCUUAAGAAAGAAUUUUCAACUACUCCUAUUUGUUUUCACUUCGCCUUCCUCCUCGAUCGGCAGGGGCACGGCUUGGCUUAAUUUAUGAGCUUAGUAGAAUCUAAUAGUUUUGACUCAUAUAUAUAUUUGUAUUUGUUGAAGAAGUCCUACAUCUGUCAAUUAUGAAAUGGUUGGUUUCUUUAUGUAUAUUAGCUUGGACAAUUCUCAUCCCUUAAGCUAGUUUUUGAUAUCGAGUUAGGCUUAAAGAUCUGUUUUCUUAGAAGGUACGAGAAGAGGACUCUCAUUCCAAUUCAUGAUGUUGGGUCCCAUUUCCAUUUUUUUGCGAUGUUAGUGGACGCCCAAAAUCCAUUUCUUUACAAUAUUAAAGAAUUUACUAAAUAUGAAAAAAAAAUUAAAUUUAGGACUCAAUUGCUUGCUAGCAUAAUUGAGGUCAUCGUCGAGAACUCAUGAUAAAAUUCAAAUCUUAAAAUUCACCAUGUGUUCUGCCGAUACUCCCGCCCUAUGCCAACUAACCAUGUAAAAAUCAAAACAAGAAAUACUUCUCUUUAGCUAGAGACUCCUAAAGGGUCCUUUGGUGUGAGAUGAUAAAAGCAAAUAAUUUCGGGAUAAAAUAAUAAUUUAGGAAUAAAAUUUUUUAAUGUAUGUUUGGUUUACAAUUUUUGUCAUAACUUAUUUCGGAAUUAAUAAAUAAUACCGGUAUAAGUUACCCACACAAUUGAUGGAAUUGUUCUUGGAAUAAAUUUAUAAAAGGA